CGGCCGCCGGCGGGGUGGGGAGGGGGUGGCGGAGGCGGGCGGCCCGGGAUGGCGGAGACUCUGGCCGGGUCCGGCGACUUGGGUGCGGGCGCGGCCGCCGUCGGGCUGGGCGCCUCGGAGGCCGGGACGCGGCGGCUGAGCGAGCUGCGGGUGAUCGACCUGCGGGCGGAGCUCAAGAAGCGGAACCUGGACACGGGCGGCAACAAGAGCGUCCUGAUGGAGCGGCUCAAGAGGGCCGUGAAGGAGGAAGGGCAGGAUCCCGAGGAAAUCGCUGUCGCCUUGGAAGCCACAAGCAAGAAACUGGCCAAGAGAGGCGUCAAAGGUUGAAAUCUGUCGCCCCGCAUAGACUCCCUCUGAGGGCAGGACCUGAGUGCUGUGACUGAACAGCUGUUCUGUGAUUAGGACAGAAGACGGAGGAAGAGGGCACGGAAGACAACGGCCUGGAAGAAGAUUCCAGAGACGGGCAGGAGGACACGGAAGCCGGGCUGGAGGGCUUGCCGGACAUGGACAUGGUGGACGUUAGCGUGCUCGGGGAAGCCGACGCCGAGAGCAGCAGCACCGCGGGCUUGGGGGCCGACGGCAUUCUCGAGUCCCUUUGCGACAGCAAAGGAUACGUGGCUGCGCAGCUGCGGGAGCUCCCGGCUCAGCUCACGGGGCACGCUGUGGAUGGCGACGGCUUCGAGAACACUCUGGAUGCUUCACCAAUGGACUUCAAAGUCCCUCCGGACGUUGAAGAGCCCCUGUCGGAGCCAGAAAAUGAGAAAAUACUCGACAUUUUGGGGGAAACUUGUAAAUCUGAGCCAGUAAAAGAAGAAGGUCCCGAGCUGGAGCAGCCAUUUGCCCAGGAUACAAGUAGCGUGGGGCCAGACAGAAAGCUUGCGGAGGAAGAGGACCUUUUUGGCAGCGGCCACCCGGAGGAGGGUGCUUUAGAUGUGGCCGGCGAGUCCCCGGGCCAGGCUCAGGCGAGCCAGGCAGACAGCCUGUUAGCGGUAGUGAAAAGGGAGCCGGCGGAGGAGCCGGGCGCUGGCGCGCGGACGGACUGCGAGCCUGUAGGGCUAGAGCAGCGAGCGGAGCAGAGCAGGGGAGCCUGCGAGCCCGCGGGAGCCUGUAGCGAGGAGGCCGCGGAAGCGCCCCCGGAAGCCUCGAGCCCCGAGCCCGGGGAUAGCCACGAAGACGGGCCGAAGCUUGCUUUUGAAGCUUGUAAUGAAGUCCCUCCGGCUCCUAAAGAGUCCUCAGCCAGUGAGGGCGCUGAUCAGAAAAUGAGCUCUUUUAAGGAAGAAAAAGAUAUAAAGCCAAUCAUUAAGGAUGAAAAAGGGCGGGCCGGCAGCGCUUCGGGGAAGAACCUGUGGGUGAGCGGGCUGUCUUCCACGACUCGGGCCACCGAUCUGAAGAACCUCUUCAGCAAAUACGGCAAGGUUGUUGGGGCCAAAGUGGUAACCAACGCCCGCAGCCCUGGGGCUCGGUGCUACGGCUUCGUCACCAUGUCCACGUCCGACGAGGCCACCAAGUGCAUCAGCCACCUGCACAGGACAGAGCUGCACGGGAGGAUGAUCUCCGUGGAGAAGGCCAAAAACGAACCAGCUGGCAAAAAGCUGUCCGACCGAAAAGAGUGCGAAGUGAAGAAGGAAAAGUUAACGAGCGCUGACAGAUACCAUCCUGUGGAGGUCAAAGUGGAAAAAACCGUAAUUAAGAAGGAAGAGAAGAUCGAUAAGAAGGAGGAGAAAAGGCCUGAAGACAUUAAAAAGGAGGAAAAAGACGAAGAUGAGCUGAAGCCAGGGCCCACCGAUCGGUCCCGAGUCACCAAAUCAGGAAGCAGAGGAAUGGAACGGACGGUCGUCAUGGACAAAUCGAAGGGAGAGCCCGUCAUUAGCGUGAAGACCACGAGCAGGUCCAAAGAGAGGAGCUCCAAGAGUCAGGACCGUAAAUCCGAGAGCAAAGAGAAGAGAGACAUCUUGUCGUUUGAUAAGAUCAAGGAGCAGCGGGAGCGAGAGCGCCAGAGGCAGCGGGAGCGGGAGAUCCGCGAGACUGAGCGGCGGCGGGAGCGCGAGCAGCGCGAGCGGGAGCAGCGGCUUGAGGCGCUGCACGAGCGCAAGGAGAAGGCGCGCCUGCAGCGGGAGCGCCUGCAGCUCGAGUGCCAGCGGCAGCGGCUGGAGCGCGAGCGCCUGGAGCGGGAGCGGCUGGAGCGCGAGCGCAUGCGCGUGGAGCGCGAGCGCAGGAAGGAGCAGGAGCGCAUCCAGCGCGAGCGCGAGGAGCUGCGGCGGCAGCAGGAGCAGCUGCGCUACGAGCAGGAGCGACGGCCGGCGCUGCGGCGGCCCUACGACGACGGCCGGCGAGAGGAUCCCUAUUGGCCGGAAGGAAAGCGCCUGGCCGUGGAGGACAGAUACCGCCCCGACCUCCCUCGGCCAGACCACCGCUUCCACGACUGCGACCAUCGCGACCGCGGCCAGUACCAGGACCACGUGGCCGACAGGAGGGAAGGUCCGAGGGCAGUGAUGGGAGAGCGAGACGGGCAGCACUACGACGACCGCCACAGCCACGGCGGACCCCCAGAGCGCCACGGCCGGGACUCCCGAGACGGCUGGGGCGGCUACGGCUCUGACAAGAGGAUGAGCGAGGCCCGGGGGCUGCCGCCACCACCCAGGGGCGGACGGGACUGGACGGAGCACUGUCAGAGGCUGGACGAGCAUCCGGAGCGCACCUGGCCGGGCACGGUGGACGCGGGCACGGCGGGCCGGGAGCACGCGCGGUGGCAAGGUGGCGAGCGGGGCCUGUCGGGGCCCUCGGGGCCGGGGCACAUGGCCAGCCGGGGCGGGAUGUCUGGGCGCGGCGGCUUUGUACAGGGCGGGCACUCGCAGGCUCACGCGCUGCCCGGGGGCGCCCUGGAAGGCGGAGGACUGGCCGGCCAGGACCGCGGCAGCCGCGUCCCCCACCCACACCCCCACCCGCACCCCCACUUCGCCCGCCGCUACUGACCGACGCGCCGCGGCUCCCGCCAGCGUCCCUUGAAUGCGGGGACCCUUUUAAGAAGCAAAACCAGGUCCUGCCCCCCUGUUGUAGCGCAAUUCAAUGUGAAGUCACUUUUUUUUAAAUAAACGUGUUCUUGUUCUGCCGUUUCUAAGACAAGGUUUCCGUUACCGAGGCAUUCCAUUUUCCAUGAAUAAAGUUUACGGUUCGCA